GUUGCAAACUGAAGCUCGAGGAAUGAUGGUCAAACUUCUCCUGCUGUUCCUGGUAUGCUGGAGUGCUCUUCCUUUGGAGUCAUCUCCCUUGGGUAACCGAUAUAACCUAGAGAUCGGUGAAAAGCAGUACUACAUUUCGUUGGCAAAGACCAACUGGUUCGAGGCAAGCAACCACUGUCGUCAGAAUGGCGGAUUUCUUCUCAAUUUGGAGAGCAGAGAGGAACUGGAGCUCCUUAGCCCCCACCUUCACCCAGCCUACAGCUAUUGGCUAUCCAUCAAUGACCUCGGCGAACGGGGCGUAUACGUGUCGGAGGCCACUGGUCUAGAGGCUCCGUUUCUUAACUGGUCCGCCGGAGAGCCGGACAACAGCAGUGGCUACGAUCGAUGUGUCGAGCUGUGGUUGUCGACAACCUCCUUCCAGAUGAACGACCUCCCAUGCUAUAGCUCCGUCGCCUUCAUUUGCCAGCUUAACUAGGAUCAAACUCUGGACUUCCAUCAAAACAACUUGUUUUCUAAAUGGUUAAAAUUAUAAAGCUGCAAUUUUUCUUAGCUAGCAAAUACU